AUGUCGAAGGGUUCAAAGCCUCAUUUUCCGACGGGAAUCAAGCCGCUCAAGAAUGUCAGUUUUUUCGAAAAAUAGUCUAAUCACAAGGUUUCGUCCCCCAAAGACCUGUGACUGUGAAAAAAAUAAAAGAUCCGAAAUUUUGUAUUUUUUCAAUGAAUAAUCUGAAUUAUUUCCUAUGAAUUGAUCAUUUUUCAGUAUCCCUACUCGACGCCAAGAACAUUUACGAGAAGUACAUCGAUUCGGAAUCGAAAUCCUCGAUCGCCGUCCCGAAAAGGAUCAAAACAUUCGUUGAAGGUAAGUUUUUACGAUAUUUUUUCUACUUUCUUCUUCAAAAUUCCCCGAAAAUCUGAAUUUGCGUAUCAUUUUCUCACUAAAAGUGUCCAAAAAUCAUCAAAACGUGACAUUUUCCAGAGAACAUGGCCCGAAAAACCCUUGUACUUUGACUGUUUCGACCCAGCUCAGGAAUUCGUUCGGCAAUUAUUCGAAUUAAGGUUAUAUUUUUGAAAAUAUUGAUUUCAAUCUAACAAAUCAUUGAUUUUCAGGUACUUUGAAGAGUUCCAAAACUCGAUCUACUACAAAAAGCACGAGUUGGGUGUUCUAUCCGAGGGUUGCAGUAUUUUUGGACGUUUUGAAAGUACAGCCACUUCUUCAGUCGUUUAUUGAGGUUAUAUUUUCACUGGAUUACACUUUAUAAACUCGCAUUCUUGUCUACCUUUUAGAGUUGAAAUUUUUGAAAAAAACUGAAGAUUUUUUUGAGAAUUUAAAUUGAGAAUUUAAAUUGAUAAUAAAGAAUUUACUGUUCUCUAUCAAGUUGAGAACCUAGAAAUCGUGAUUUUUUUCUUUUCUAGACGUUUAAAAAAAUUAACCUAGAGUGUUCCAAAAAUCAAUUUUAUCCGAAAAAUAAAGAAUUUUGGAUGUUUUUUUAAAGUACAGACACUUAUUCAGCCGUCCAUUCUUAUUUAAUUUUCACUUCUAGACGUCAAAAAAUUACCAUGUAAAGCUCAAAAAUACAAGCAAAUCGAGGGUUGUAGCAUUUUGGACGUUUUGAAAGUACAGACACUUAUUUUGGACUAUUUUUCCCGGGACUGUAGCAUUUUGGACGUUUUGAAAGCACAGCCACUUCUUAUUUCGGACGAUUUUAUCGAGUUGUAGUAUUUUGGACGUUUUGAAAAUACAGUCACUUCUUAUUUUGGACAAUUUUUCCAUGACUGAAGAAUUUUGGACGUUUUGAAAGUAUAGCCACUUCUUUUUUUGGAAAUUUUUUCGGGAUUGAGGCAUUUUGGACGUUUUGAAAAUACAGCCACUUCUUUUUUUUGGACGUUUUGAAAAUACAGCCGUUCAUUCUUACUUUAUUUUUCACUUCUAGACCUAUGGAAAUCACCCUAAGAGCCGAAAAUACUGGUUUACUUAGGACUUUAGUAUUUUGGACGUUUUGAAAGUACAGCCACUUCUUUUUUUUGGACGUUUUGAAAGUACAGCCACUUCUUUUUUUUGGACGUUUUGAAAGUACAGCCACUUCUACAGCCGUUCAUUAUUCUUUCAUUUUUCACUUUCUAGACGUCAAAAAUUACCUUAAAAAGCUCAAAAAUACAAUAAAAUUUAUCUUUCUUAUUUCUUCCAUUCAAAAAAACCGAUUUCAGUUCGUGAAAGAGAAGGAAGACCAGGACAUGGUACAGUUCCUGGUCGCCUGUGACACCUACGAAUCGAAUGUCGAGACCUUGGAAGAUAACGAAGCGUUGGACGAUGCGAUGGCUCUUUACGAAAAGUUUGAUUUUUUGAAAAAAGUGAUAUUUCUGUAG